UCAGGCGAGCACGGGCCACGACCAGGGCGAGCCCCACCUCCAGCGACUUGACGCCAGCAAUGGUCGCCGCGACGUAUUCGCCGAGAGAGUGGCCGAGCACCAUGUCGGGCGACACUCCGCGCUUGAUGAGGGACUGGGCGAGGGAGUAGCCGAGAGAGAAGAGGAUGGGCUGUUGGUAGCGCGCCUGGCUCAAGAGACCCUGCAGCUCAGCCUUGGUCGCCUCGUCGUGGGUCUGGGGGUAGAUGAGCCCGAGCAUCGAUCGGGGGAGAUGGGGGUCGACCAGCGCCGCACACCGAUCCAGGUUGGCGCGGAAGACCUCGUCCGUCUCGUAAAGGUCCUUGCCCAUCCCGACGUACUGGGAGCCCUGGCCCGUGAAGAGGAAGGCGACGCGGGGGCGGGUCUCCUUGUUUUCUUGGGCCGCUGCGGUGUCCUCCUCGGGGGCGUCGAAUGGCGAGGAAAGGAUGACGUGUGCGUUGGUGCCCCCGAAGCCGAAGGAGCUGACGCCUGCCACGAGUGCGCCCCCGUUCUUGCGAGUGAGCUGGAAGCCGUCUGCGGCCGAGGGGAAGACGACUGGGAAGCCCUCUGUGUUGAUGUUGGGGUUGAGGGUCUUGAGGUGCAGGUUGGGCGGCACGCGCUGCAUCUGGAGGCAGCAGAUGGUCUUCAACACACCAGCCAUGCCUGAUUAUUGAGUUGUGAAUGACACAGGAGAGAGAGACCGACAUGAGUGUGGUGGGCAUGCAAAGGUGGGUGACUCCAUCCAAGGCCUGCCUUGUGUAUCCCUCACCUGCUGCUCCUUCAAGAUGCCCGAUGUGCGUCUUGACAGCCCCGAUGGCCAAUGGCGAUACGCCAGCGUCACGACGGCUCUUGGCGAAGACGGCCUUGAGGGCGGCGACCUCGAUGGGAUCCCCAAGUGCAGUGCCCGUGCCGUGCGCCUCGAGGAAGUCCACAUCAUUGGGCUGCAGGCCAGCACUCUUGAGGGCCCCCUUGAUCACGUUCUGCUGGGCGAUGCCAUUGGGCGCUGUCAGCGUCACCGCACGGCCACCGUGGUUGACGCACGCCCCUCGAAGCAUCGCCAGCACCAGCCUGCCCCGCUCCUUGGAAUCCAUGUCGUCAAGGCGCUUCAGCACGAUCGCUCCCGCCCCCUCGCCGCGCACGUAUCCGUUGGCCGCUGCGUCGAAUGUCUUGCAUCUGGCGUCAGGUGCCAUGAAGCGGGCCUUGCAGAGGGCGAUUGUCGUGUGUGGGUUGAGCAUCGUGUUGAUGGCCGCUGCGACGGCGGUCUUGCAGCCGUUGGGAUCCUUGCGGAGCGUUGAGGCGGCCGAGUCGAUGGCGACAAGGGAGGACGAGCAGGCCGUGUCGACGGUCAUGGAGGGGCCGUGGAUGCCGAGGAUGUAGCUGAUCCGGUUGGCGAGGAUGGAGGGGGCCGCACUGGUGGCCGUGUAGGAGCUGAAGGCACCCGCACCCAUCUUGGCUUGGAUCGACGACCACUCGAACGAGCAGCACCCGACGAACACACCGACGGGCUUCUGCAUGAGGGCCUUCUUCUCAAGGCCAGCAGAGUUGAGCGACUCGUAACAAACCUCGAGCAGGAUGCGCUGCUGCGGGUCCAUCGUCUUGGCCUCCACGUCCGACACGCGGAAGAACCCGUUGUCGAACAUCUCUGCGUUCUUGAUGAAGCCGCCCUCUCGCACGUACAUGCGGGCCUCUGCGUCUGGAUUGGGGUGGUAGAACUCAUCGAUGUCCCACCGGCUGGCGGGGAUCUGCUCAAUGGCAUCCUUGCCACUGCUGACGGCGUCCCACAGCUGUGCCAGUGACGAGAUGCCGCCGGGCAGGCGGCACGCGGCGCCGAUGAUGGCGAUGUGCCCGGUGGCGUCGGAGACGGCCGUGUUGCUGAGGACAUCCACCGAUGGGGUCGGCGAGACGCACUCGGUCCUGCCCUCCAGCUCCUCAACCAGGAAAUCAGCAACUGAGACACACAGACAGACAAACAGACAGACAGACAGACGAAGAGACGAGGGAUAACUACCAGUACAACCUUGCACUUUCGUCUCUCUCUCUCUCUCUGUCUGUGUGUGUGUGUGCUUACUUUGGUCAAGUGUCUGGUGGCUGAAGAGGAUGGUCACAUCGAUGUUGAGCCCCAGGGCCUUCGAGACUGCCUCGGCAAACUCGACGGCCUUGAUGCUGCUCACGCCGAGCUCCUGGAUGGGCGCAUGGAAGUCGACGACGCUCUCCUCGACAGCGAAGAUCCUGACGGCAUUCUCGAUGAUGACCUUGUCGACGCCCUUGCGCUGCUCCUGCCGCACUGCGCCAUCGCGUGGGGGGGUGAGGGUGAUGGUGGCUGGCAUGGGUGUGUCCAGGGCGGCCCCCAUGGCCUCGACGACGCACGAGGAGGGGGUGUUGGUCACGGACGGGGGGCGGAGGAGGGACGGCGAUGGGGCGGGCGACAGGUUGCGCGGGGGAAUGGGCGUCACAUCGGGACUGGGGGGUGCGGCUGCCGACAAGCUCUUGGGGGAGGCUGUGGACGCGCUCGCGGAGUCGUUGACCUCCUUGAUGAGGAUCUCGUCGUGCAGUACAGUCGAGACCUUGCCGUCCAGCAGGAGGUCGCGUGUGGUGGACCGGCGCACCUUGCCACUAGUCGUCUGAAGGCGAAAAACCACACCACACCACACCACACACACCCAUUGUGGGAUCACUCAGUGCAUCAGAUACAGACUGCGCUGUGUUGGUUGGUGUAUGUGUGUUGCACUGCACGUACCUUUCGGACACUGCGAGGCUUGACAAGCCAGAUGCGAUAGACGGGAAUGCCGAUGCGCUGUGAGACGACCUUGGCAAUUUCCUUGGCCUUGCUGUGGUAGUCGGGCUUCUCUUGGCCGCCUCCAGUGAGCCAGGCGAGGAGGCUGGCCGACUGCUGCUGCUUGAUCUCGACGCACAGGGCCAGCUGCUCCGUGUCGUCGACAUCCAAAGCGAAGGCGACGCUGCAGCCCUUGCGGACUUCGGCCACUUCUUCAACCACCUCCUCGAUCUGAUAGACACACACAACAAAUGUGCACACAUUCGUCACCCUGACUGACACAUUUGCUUACAUCUUGCGGAAACAAGUUGCGGCCGCGGACAAUGAUCAUGUCCUUGAUCCUUCCUGCGACGAAGAUCUCUCCCUGGUGAAAGAAGCCGCUGUCGCCUGUGCGCAGGUAGUGCGGCUUGGAGAGCUCGCCGUUGAGGUAGGUGCACUGGCCGCGGAAGGCCUCGGCGGUCUUCUCGGGCAGGUUGAAGUAGCCCCCGGCGGUGCUUGCGCUUCGGCACCAGAUCUCCCCUCUGCGGCCGGGCGGCACCUCCCUGAGUGUCUCAGGGUCCACGAUUCUGACCUCUACACCUGGGGGAGGGCCGCCGCAGCCGACGAACUGAGCCGAUGUCACCGAGGGCGGAAUCUCACCCUCCAGCAGCUCAACCACACCCUGACAACACCAACAGACACACAACACAGGUGGUCAGGUGGCUCAUGUGUCUGUUUGUUUUGAAAGCCACCUCAGUUCUGAGCUUGUUUGCGUCGACGGUGAUAGUUAGUGGAUUGUAGUCAUAGCCUCGACGGCCGGAGAUGAACAGUGUGUUCUCCGCCAUGCCGUAAGCCGGCACAAACAGAUUCGGCGUCACUCCUUUCGACGCAAAUUUCUGACACACACACGAAACCACAGCCAGAAAUGUAUGUUACACGAUCUCGCGUGAGAGGUGAUAAGACAACCCGCCUACCUUACCUUGACAAACUUGUUGACGGUCGACGCUCUGAUGGGUUCGGCACCGCAGCAGAAGCCCGCAACGCCGCUGAGGUCGAGUUGGUCGAAGACCUCCUUGAGCUCGGGCUUGUCGAAUGCUCGAGUGACGAGCUCGAAGCCGAAAUUGGGAGCGCCUGUCGCACCGCACUUGAAGCGUGACACGCCCUGUAGCCACAGGUGGGGUCGCCUGAUGAAGUCGAGGGGAGACAUCAGAUAGGUGGAGAAGCCGGUGAGGAAGGGAGCACAGAAGAAGCCGACCAGACCUGCACACAGACAGACAGACAGACAGACAGACAUUCAACAGACCCAUCAGACAGACACGUCAAUGUGAUAAUGUGGUGGUAGCCUAGCCCCGUGGCUGGCUCGGCCGGCCACUGACUGACCCAUGUCGUGGUAGACGGGGAGCCAUGAGAAGCAGCUGAGGUGAUAGCCUCUCUUUUGGAGGGUCAGUGCCUUCCGCCGCUUGAUGAACUCCGGGAAGUGGUGCAGCGGCAUGUUGGUGAGGCACUCGUUGGGUGCAUCUGGAUCGUCGAGCUUGGUGUCCGCGCCAAACACUUGCAGACACAGGUGGGCGUUGUGCAGCAAACAGCCGUGAGUCACCAU